GGAGUCAUGCGUCAGGAUACCUCAAAAUACCCUACUAACAACAACCUCUUGAGACUUUGUGGUAGGWUUCAAGACUUACGCGGACUUUUUAACAAUACAUUUGACGGAUUUAUUUAUAAGACCGAUAAUUUACAUAAAGAAGAAGUAUGCCUCAUCUGUCAGUGCUUCGUUUUAUGGCCGUGUAUCUCAUGCUGUUUGGAUACCUUGGGGAUGCUUAUGCCGGGGCGGUUUUACUGAACUCCAAUGCCAUCAAGAACUUGCCUGGUGGCACCGACACGGUUAGCCCGAGCCCACGUCCGUCUUCACCAGAUAGCGACCGGCAGAAAGCAGUCGUGGACACGUUGCAGCCUAUUUGCACAUAUGAUGAUGAGUGUGGGACCGAUGAAUUCUGCAAUGGUAUCCGAGGCGCGUGCCUCCCAUGCCGAAAGAUCCGGAAGCGGUGCGCAAGGGAUUCAAUAUGCUGCGCUGGGAACCGCUGCAUCAACGGUGUUUGUCAGGCCAGUGAUCAAGAUGCUGAAGCUGUAGUCACUACUAGUGUUGGGAAUAGGCAGAACAACACCAUGGAACACCAUGGCAAGAGACUGCCUCUGCCCCAAGGUCAACCACAACAUUCUGUCAAAGGUCAGGAAAGUGACAACUGCCUGAGGUCUUCUGACUGCUCUGAGGGUCUGUGCUGUGCACGCCACUUCUGGUCUCGUAUCUGUAAGCCGGUGCUGACGAAGGGCCAGGUGUGCACACGUCACCGUAGGAAAGGUGGCCAUGGCCUGGAGCUGUUCCAGCGCUGCGACUGUGGAAGUGGUCUCUCCUGCAGACCGGCGAGAGGAGAGAAAGACCCUGGAGUCAGCAGAACCGCAGACCGGAACCUACACACCUGCCGGAGACGCUGACACACACACAUCCUGGACAUACACACUGCCUAAGAUGCUGACACACUGCCCAUAACCUACACAUCUGUCAGAGAUGCUGACACACACACACACACACACACACACACACACACACACAACACAUCCCC